AAAUUUGUGCUAUUUUCAGAUCUGAAUUAUGUAAAAUUGAAAAAUGUUGUUAACAAUCAAAGAAAGUGAGAUAUUUUUGUUCCGACGUAAGAUCUAUAGAUAACCCUUGUUGGCUGAUUUAAAUAAUUUUACCUCUGUUCUUCCACAAUGGUCUUCACUCCUCCAAUUGCUCCAAUAACUCCAAUAAUACACAGUCGAGUGCAGACGAUAGAAUGGGAUAUGUUGGACAAAAGAAGAUUUUAUCCCUACUCCAUGGUUUCAUCGUUUACAGUUCGUUGUUUUCUCUACCCGCUUACUCUUGUCAGAACUAGAUUACAGGUUCAGCAUCAGAAUGCGUUGUAUAAAGGAACUUUUGAUGCAUUCAGUAAAAUUCUCAAAUCAGAAGGGAUUAAAGGACUCUACACGGGAUUCUGGAUCAGCUGUUUUCAGGUUGUAUCUGGCCUGUGUUAUGUAUCAACGUAUGAGGGAGUGCGGCACAUGUUAGACAAUAACGGAGUUAAAGAUAACAAAAUUAAAGCAUUAGUGGGUGGCGCAUCCGCUAGUUUAGUCGGUCAAACCAUUAUAGUUCCUUUCGACGUAAUCUCUCAGCACCUUAUGAUUUUGGGAACUAUUUCUAAAAAGGGAGAUGUAUCCGCUAAUCCUCUAGCUAUAAAUACCACUGGUAGAACUAAAAGUCAGGUUGCCUGGGAUGUAACAAGAACAAUAUAUAAACGGGAUGGGUUCAGGGGAUUCUAUCGAGGAUAUAUAGUUAGUUUGUGUAACUAUGUUCCUAACAGUGCAAUGUGGUGGACUUUUUACCAAGUUUAUCAGGAUAUGGUUGGAAGUGUAGCGCAUUCUAUUCUACCGUACACUGGUGUACAGUGUGUAGCAGCUGUAAUGUCUGGCUGUACAACCUCUGUACUGCUGAAUCCGAUGGACCUGGUGAGGACGAGGGUCCAGGUUCAGAGAAAAACUAUCCCCGACACCAUCAGAUUUCUGUGGGCUAGCGAGAGGCUUAACAUAUUUACCAAAGGAUUGACUGCUCGUAUGACCAGCUCGAGUAUAUAUAGUUUAGCGGUCAUCCUGGGCUACGAGUCUGUUAAGAAAAUGAGUGUUCUUCCAGAAUAUAAACAAAACGUUCGAUGGUAACGCUGUCAGUGAACUUUUGAUAGUCAAGUCAGGGAGAGUUUUUAGUGAAACAGGAAAAUGAUUGGUUUAGUGAGUCAGGGACCGAAUUCAAUGAAUUUGAGCUGCGUCGCUGAACUACUUAAUGUCGGUUCAAAUUUGAACUAUCGAUUUAAAGUUUUUAAAAGUGAUAUCAAUUUAAGCCGUCGGUAGGCAGUUCAAAUUCAAUAAAUAUUCGGCCCCAGGCACACUGUAACCCGGAGAACACUAGUUCUUAGAUCCAGGAGUUAAAGAUGCACUUGCCUAGGGAUAUAAGUUUCUAACCCAGGAACCGGGGUACCCUGGAGCAAAAAUAAUCUCAGAUCCGUCCAGAGUUCAACUUAGUAGUUUAGUAGUUCAAUUGCUUUGUACUAAUUAAUCAUGAUUUACUUAAUGGGAUAUUCAGCUUACUUUUAAUUGACAGUUUAUGCCAAGAUGGCAAUGCCGGGUUCACUUGAAAUUACUUGUUUAAGAGUAGAAAAUGUGAUGAAUUAAGUUCAUUGAAGCAAAAUUUUAUUCAUUAGAAUUAAUUCUCUUACAAAUCCUAACUUGUUAAAGUGUUAAUAUGUUUAAAUGAUGCAUAAAACCUUUGAAAUUGCUAAUUCAGCCCAUCCUUUAUCACUGUGGUGUAUUAUUAAGCCCCACCCCCCCCCCCAAAAAAAAAAUCAUUUAUUUCCCUCCUUUAAAAAUCUUUUUUUUCAAAUUUAGUCGAGAAACAGCCCCCCACCUCCCUUCCAAAAAAACUUAUCUAUCAUUUGGGCGGGGAGGGGGGGGGGGCAUUUUUAGUCUUCUUACUGGAUAUUAAAUAUAUUAUUCUAUAUUGAUUGUCUAGGAUAGAUAUUAACUAUGUAUUUGAUUCAGGGGUCUAUAUUUUCUUUAAAAAUAAUCACCCUUCGAUCCCGCACUCUUCGAGAAAAUGAAUGAUGGUUUUGCUCAAAACAGAACAGAACUCUCGGAAGAAUUUUAACUUUUGAGGGUAUAAAUAAACUAGUUGGGGGAGACUGCAAAAAUUACCUGUUCUCUUUCUUAGAAAAUAUGACCCAGUGAAUAAUUGGUAUCUAUUUAAAUGUUAUAUUCUUAAUUUUAAUUCUUAACUGUAGAAUAGGAUUGUUGACAGUAGUGUUAUGAAUCUGUUAAAAAUUAUCGAUGUACAUGAUUUGUAAGGCCAACAUAAACAAACUGAAAUUAGGGUUCUGAUUGGAUGGAAAGCCAAGCCAAGAAGCCGCUGUUAUGUUAUUAUAGUUGUUAUUUAAACUCAAUUAUUAAAUUUAGAAAUAAAAAUAAUAGAUUAUAAAAA